UGCCCAUGCAGCAGCCCCACUCAUUCCUUUGUUUAUUCAAUUUCUUUCUCUACAAUAAUUGUGAAUACAAAUAUAUACACAUCUAACUCUCUUCUCCCCAUUCUGAAAUCAAGUAAAAUUUAUCACACACUUUGUCUGAUUUUACUGAGGUUCUAAAAUUGACUUUGGCAAAAUGGCUACUGGACAGCUUUUCUCCAAGACUACACAAGCUUUAUUCUACAACUACAAGCAGCUUCCUGUCCAACAGAUGCUUGACUUUGAUUUUUCUUGUAGGAGAGAAACACCUUCUGUUGCUGGAAUCAUAAAUCCUGGUUCUGAGGGAUUCCAGAAACUUUUCUUCGGUCAGGAGGAAAUCGCAAUCCCAGUGCAUUCAACCGUUGAAGCUGCCUGUGCUGCACAUCCCACAGCUGAUGUAUUUAUAAACUUUGGAUCUUUCAGAAGUGCUGCUUCUUCCUCCAUGUCUGCUCUUAAACAACCAACCAUCAGAGUCGUCGCUAUUAUAGCUGUGGGUGUUCCCGAGUCAGACGCUAAGCAGCUGGUUGCUUAUGCAAAGGCAAACAAUAAGGUGAUUAUUGGUCCAGCUACUGUUGGAGUAAUUCAAGCCGGAGCUUUCAAGAUUGGUGAUACUGCUGGAACAAUUGAUAACAUUAUUCAGUGCAAGCUUUACAGACCUGGAUCUGUGGGCUUUGUAUCAAAAUCUGGUGGUAUGUCUAAUGAAUUAUACAAUACAAUCGCCCGCGUGACUGAUGGAAUUUAUGAAGGAAUUGCAAUUGGAGGAGAUGUAUUCCCUGGUUCUACCCUUUCUGAUCAUGUUUUGCGCUUCAACAACAUCCCUCAGGUUAAAAUGAUUGUUGUUCUUGGGGAACUUGGUGGACGAGAAGAAUAUUCCUUAGUUGAAGCCCUCAAGCAGGGAAAAAUCAACAAGCCCGUUGUUGCGUGGAUCAGUGAAACUUGUGCUACACUCUUCAAGUCAGAAGUUCAGUUUGGCCCCGUGGGGGCAAAGAAUGAUGGUGAAAUGGAGUCAGCACAAGCAAAGAAUCAAGCACUCAAAGAUGCUGGAGCCGUAGUUCCUACCUCUUAUGAAGCUUUUGAAGGAACUAUCGAAGAAACAUUUCAAAAGCUGGUCGAAGAGGGCAAAAUAACACCUGUAGAGGAAGUGACACCACCACAAAUUCCUGAGGAUCUUAACACAGCAAUUAAGAGUGGGAAAGUUCGGGUCCCGACUCAUAUUAUUUCCACCAUAUCUGAUGAGAGAGGUGUAGAGCAACGCUAUGCUGGUGUACCCAUGUCAACACUUGUGGAGGAGGGAUAUGGUGUCGCUGAUGUCAUUUCUCUGUUGUGGUUCAAACGCAGCCUACCUCGUUACUGCACACGUUUUAUUGACAUUUGCAUCAUGAUGUGUGCUGACCAUGGUCCUUGUGCCUCUGGUGCCCACAACGCCAUUGUGUCCGCUAGGGCCGGAAAAGACCUAAUUUCAUGCUUAGUUUCAGGAUUGCUGACUAUUGGUCCCCGGUUUGGCGGUGCUAUUGAUGAUGCCGCCCGGUAUUUCAAGGAUGCUUAUGACAGGGGUCUCACACCAUGUGAAUUCGUGGAAGGUAUGAAGAAAAAGGGAAUUCGAGUACCAGGAAUAGGUCACAGGAUAAAGAGAGGAGACAACAGAGAUAAGAGAGUGGAACUACUACAGCGUUAUGCAAGACAACAUUUUCCGUCUGUCGAGUACAUGGAGUAUGCGGUUCAGGUUGAAACCUAUACCCUCUCAAAGGCAAACAACCUAAUCCUCAACAUUGAUGGUGCCAUUGGGUCCCUCUUCUUGGAUCUCCUUGAGGGCACUGGAAUGUUCACCAAACAAGAAAUCGAUGAAAUAGUGGAAAUGGGCUACCUUAAUGGGCUGUUUGUGCUAGCCCGUUCAAUUGGUCUCAUUGGGCACACGUUCGACCAGAAGAGAUUGAAGCAGCCUCUAUACCGUCAUCCAUGGGAAGAUGUUUUAUACACCAAGUGAAGAUGCUCUCACUGGCAACAGGCAGAAAGUUGCCAGUGAUAGCAUCGUUCAUGUGUUCGACGAGUAUUUGCACUCCUAGGGACUUGGCCUAAAAUUUCAUUUUGCGAGUUCACCGGGGAGUCAACAAAGAGUCAACUCUCAGUUAUCAUUCAUGAUCAAUUCUUAGUUUUAAUGAGCUGACAUAUGUUACAGUCGUCAUUCAAUUGAAAGAAUCUCCGUUCCAGAACCGUACGUGUCAUACAACACGGAGGAGUAUUUCUGCGUUUCCAGCUUAUGAAGAAAUAACACACCCAGAUUUCAAGCACGUGUAAGAAGAGUUUGCUCAUUCCUAGUGGCCUUUGUCCCUUCCUGUAUUGAACCCUGUACCAUUCACUAAUGAAAUAAAAUGUGUAUUCAAAAUGUUACUUGUU